UCUUUUGCUCCAUUCCUGUCUACCUUUUCUGCGAAUUUGCAGGUGCUCAGCGUAGCGAUCUCACGCGACAACGAAGUCGUCGUGUCGGGCAGUUGGGACGGGUCUAUCCGCGUCUGGCGCCUGCGUGACGGCAACCAGAUGUGCUGGUUUACGUCAAACAUCGAGAUCCUUCAGGUUAAGAUCUCCAACGACAAGCGUGCCAUUGUAGCUCUGGGCGAGCGCAGUGAGCAUCGAAAACUGAUCAUGUUGCAGAUCGUGCGUAACCGGACCCGGACCACCACAACAACCACACUGAGGUCCGCUGGUUCUCGGAACCUCAUCCCCUUCUCGCCUCACCAGAUGGGACCUUCGCCGGCCUCGCCGGUCAUGAUGGCCUAA